AAAAAGAGAGGAUCUACUCUUCUUGUUUUUGUGUACACAUUUGUACAUAAUGUUUAAAAAAGAGUGCGGAGGAGUAAAACUAUUUUUUAAAAGCUGUUUAUGAUUUUUUCCCCCACUGAAGGUGGAUCAGGAAUGUAUAUCCCGUAAUAAAUACUGCGGUGGUUCAUUGGACUGUUCAUUCAUUCUUUAACAUUUUAGACAUAAUCUGUCAUAAUGACAGUAGUGAGAACACAUAUUGAAGCCUCCCGGUCCCCAGAGUGUCCCCCAACUGUUUCCCUCCAAAAAUGUUUGGCUCUUUGUUUCUCUCCCAGUCGUCUCAAGAGCUCCAUCACUCCACCUCCUUAACUUAUCCUCCCCCUCCCACCUGGCCACCUCCUCACUGACAGACCGAGGUGGUUCUAUUUUAGCCUCUCAGCUCUCCUCUCACUCUUGUGACUCGAGAUGAAGUUCACAGCACUGUACACAUUUUUGAUUUUGUUGGCCUCCCCCAGCCUCUCUUGGGAGGGCAACGAGGGAUUCGGGCAAUGCGCUGUCACCCUGCGGGCCGGGGGGCCAUGCGGACCGGGGCGAGCUGGGUGCCCCUAUAUCUUGAGCCUGCCGCCGAUGACUGUGCACCUGCCGGAGCAAUUCGGGGAGCUGGAAAAGCUCAUGAAGGAUUUACAGACAUUGAAGGAUGACGUGGACCAGCUGAGGAAGAUAUGCGGAGACUGCGGAAGACGUCAAGAGAGCAGGUAUGGUGAGGAGGGACACUCGGAGACACAAUGCUUAGGGCAGGGAGAUUUGGAAGACGGAGACGAGCAGGGAAAGACAGUGGCACGCUCCAUGUGUGCUGUAGAAACAAGUGAGAAAGAAGUGUCCCUGAAGGAAGCAGCUGGAAACGAUGAAAAGGGAGAAAGUGAACGACCCGAGGAGGAAAGUGGAAAACAAAUUGGAAAUAAUCAAAUGCAUCAAGCGCGGCCAGAUGAAACAAAUGUGAUGGAGAAAAAGACACAAAUAAAGAUGCCGCAGGACCGUGGGAGGCAGGAUCAAGGGAAGAUUUGGGAGGAGAAGAAAAAGGAAAUGGAAAAGGGGGUAAAAGCAGGGCAGAGAUUUGAGAAACCAAAACAGACUGCAAACAAAGGGCUCGCAGACAAAAGUGAGUCAAUAAAAAAAGACGUCGAGGAAGUGUUGGAGAAGGAGGAUGGAGAAAUGAGAAGUGUAAAAACAGAGAGAGGAAAAGCAGCCGAGAAUGUGCAGAGAGACAGUGAUGGAGACUCAGCAUCCAGCAAAGCGACUCAAAGGACAGACUUUGUUUCAAUUAGCCCGACUCCUGUGUUGACAUUUAUCUCAGCUCAAAGGCCUGCGUUUGCAGACUUGGAUAAGACUGAGCGCAUCACGUCAUCUCUUCCAUCGCCUCCCUUCUCCGGUUCCACUUCCAAUUACUUACCAGUUAUUAAUCCAAGAAGAACCCAAACAGCUUCGACUGAAUCAACCACCAUAAGGUAUCCGUUGGAUGUAACAAGUUCCCCAAGCUCAAGUUCAACCUCCAUCAUUCCUUCUCACAGCCUCCGCACAACUAUUCCCCCCAAAGCUACAGAACGCAGCAGGUGGCCAAGCACCGACAUCGGCUCGAAGCACCAACCAGGCCUGAAAGAUAAGGCGGAGAUAAAGCGUACACCCGGAAUGAAGCCUGAUGCAAUCAAGCCGAAGGAUUCCAAGCAUGACCGUAAACUGGACGUGAAAACCAAACAAAAAACAACUCAUCAGAAAAUCAGAGCAGAGAUUAAAUUGAAAACUGGCAAUGACACGAAAAAGUUUCACAUUCAAAGAGCUGAUAACAGGACAACUGAUCCUUACCUCAAACCCCCAAAAGCCAAACAUGGGCAAGACAAGACAACUAAUCUGCAGCAGGUAGCAACUAACCAACAAGCAAGACCUGCAACCGACGAAGUACCCGAAUCAGACCAAACCCUAAUGUUAAAGAAAAACUCUAAACCUAUCAAAAGACCUGUUCAUCCUGUUAAAACCAGUAUGACUGACCAGAAGCAAAAACCUGAGAAAAAAUUAAAAACUGAGACAAAAGAAAAACUGGAUCGAAAUGAAGCAAAGCUACAUUUCCUGCCUGAUCUGCAGACUGAUUCCAAAAAAAGGCAAAAACUGAUAGAACCGGUUAAUUCCGAUUCUUCUGGGGACUCUGAGUCACAAAACAAAUUUACAGCUAAUCCCGAUCACAGACUGAAAUCCAGCCAGAAAAUUCCCAAUAUUAACGCAAAGCCCAAAACUGGUCAGGUGCCCAAACUUAACCAAAAGCAGCCCAAGCCUGCAAGAGACCAAAACACUCAAGAUAAUAUAAAGCCAAAAGUCAGUCAAGUACUUCCUGAUCCUGACCGCCAAUCUGUGUCGAAUCAAAAUCCUGGUGAGGACUCGAAAAGAAAAUCAGAAUCCUGGUCUCGCUCUACCGACACACCACCAGCCAGACCGACGCUGAAGCCAGGAGGACCACCAUCUGAACCAAACCAGAAGACCACAACUCCCCAACCUCGCCAUUUUAAUCAGACGACAACGGGUAGUUUCGAUGUUCAACAUCCACCUACGUCCAGUCCUGAUGUACAGAUGGCUGAGGUGACUCAUUCCCGAAUGGACACAGAGUUCAAGCCCAGCACGAGGAAAACCGUCACUCAAAAGACCUUUGGCAGCCCACGCCUGGGGGGCCCAAACAGCGGGGUGGUGUUUGAACCCACGCCACAAACAACCAGUUCACCUUCCUCAAUCCCAAAAUCAACACAAACGAUCCUGCUCGGCAGUGUUAUUCCGAGCACAAAUCCAGACCUCACAAAACCAAAUCUGCACGCUAGAGAUGAGGCAGCAACUCGCCAAAAGACUCUUGAACCCCUUUCUCCUCGUGCUCAGAACUCCUCCAGCUCUGACUUGAGCUCAACAACCACCACUGACCCCGUGGCCCACCCAGCUGCCGAGUUGUCGACAUCAAGUGCUCGCGAGCUACGUGUGAAAAUCAAACAGUUGGCUGCCACGUUCUUCAACGGCAGCCAACUGGGCCCGAAUGGAAGAUCGCCACCGGGAAGGCGUUUGAAAGAUCUGCCAGAGGAUCACCAGGGUGAUAACAGGCCAGUCAGUGGAUCACUGAUGCAGAUACCAUCUGGAGGUGCAGUUUCCGGGGUGAAGAAAGACUGCUCGGACCACCUAGUCAAAGGGCAGGUGAUGAAGAGUGGCAUCUAUCAAGUGACCCCGGAUCUCCACACCGGCAACGGUGUUCCGGUACUGUGCGAGAUGGAGGUACAGGGCGGGGGAUGGACCGUCCUGCAACUCCGGCAAGACGGCAGCGUCAGUUUCAACCGCACCUGGGCCGAGUACCGAUCAGGCUUCGGGGAGCUUCUGAAUGGAGGGGAGUUCUGGUUGGGCAACCAAUACAUUCACUUCUUGACCCGGAACAGAGACAUGACACUGAGGGUGGAGUUGCAGGACUUCUCGGGGGUGACAGGGUACGCAGAGUAUGAGAACUUUAGGGUGGCAAGCGAAAGGAUGCGCUACAGGUUGACGGUGGAGGGUUAUUCCGGCACAGCGGGAAAUGCGCUCCGCUUCAGCCCCCACUAUGACCACAACAACCAGGCCUUCACCACCCCGGACCGAGACAAUGACCGCUAUCCCGCUGGGAACUGUGGGGCUUACUACAGCUCUGGGUGGUGGUUUGACGCAUGCAUGGCUGCAAACCUCAAUGGAAGGUACUAUUUGGGGAAAUACAAGGGGGUACGUAAUGGUAUAUACUGGGGGGCCUGGCAAAAUAUCUCCACUGAGUUCUACCUCACAAAUGAAAGGCAGUCUUUUAAAACAGUCAGAAUGAUGAUCCGACCAAAGGGAUUUUUAAAUUCAUGAACAUAUGAUUAUUAUACAACAUACACUCCUUGCAAAAAAAAAAAUGUUGGGGUUCUGGGUGAAAUUUAAGGAUGAAGCAUCCCUGGGAAGAAAAAAAAAAGUUGGGCUGGCAUUCAAACUUACAGGUCAAAAUACGUUCGUUUAUGAAUACUAUAGAGGAGUGCAUUUUAGGCACAUCUUGAAAUGUCAGUCCAAAGCCCAAUAGCUCUAACGUUCUGUGAGGAAUGUAUGUUCGUAUCAGUCACAUCAACUUUCAGAUUUUAUACUGAAUCAAAACAAAUUAGAACGCAAUAAACAUCUGCUGACCUCUUUGGCGCAAUGCUUCUCCCUAGUGGUAAACUGUAAUUCUGCAGUAAACUGUGUGCUGAUGUAAAUGGAGUCCUCGGUUUACAACGAAUUUACAACUUGGCCGGAAGAUGAUCCAAUCAACACACACGCACACAAACAAAACAAACAAGCAAAACAACAACAACAACAACAAAAAAAC